GUCCGGUGGAAGAUGGCGGGCGGAGGGGAAGAGCAUGCAGCGCAUGCAUCCGCCCAAGAUGAUGCCGACGAUUCUGAUGGGGAUGGCGCUGACGAGAUUUUGGAGGAAUCCCCGUGUAAGCGGUGGUCAAAAAGGCGCGAGCAAGUUAAACAAAGGGAUGUACCUGGUAUUGACGUCGCUUACUUGGCAAUGGACAAUGACACUGGUAAUGAGGUUGUGUGGAACGAAGUGCAAUUCUCCGAGCGCAAGAAUUUUCGCGCUCAAGAGGUUUGUCUCCUUUUAUGGUUUAUGAUCAACUUUGCCCACGAAAGAUCGCAUGGGAGUACUAAUGUAGGUCCGGCUGCAGAUACUUUGAUGUGA